AUGUCGGAACAAGAGAAAAAGGAGAACCCGCCGGUGGAGGUGGACGAGGCCGAGGAGGAGGAUGACGAGCCGGACGAAUGGGACAAGCGGAUCUUCAGCACCGGCUGUGCAGUGGAGCAAGAGAAAAUGAACGACUGCUGGUUUCAAAAGAAAGACUGGCGGAGUUGCCAGGGCGAGAUGGAGGCUUUUCGCGAGUGCUGGAAGCGUCAGGGCAACGACGAGCGCACCCAAACCAAGGACGCUUAA